AUGUCCCGGAGGACGUUGGGUGGAGGUCGUGUUCUAGGCACUCCGACCGCGCUUUCAUCAGCCCCGUCCCCGUCCCCGCAACCGAAGCCAAGAGUGCUCUCUCCAACCGCUAGCAGCGUGUCCCUGAGCUCGCAGACAUCUGCCUCGCAAUUCUCAUCGGAAACACAAGAUCUUACCUCACGCAUCUCUCUCGAGAAUGGCGACACAUCUAUUUCAGCGGCCCCGGCCGCUCCCGGAGCUCAGCUCUCAUGUCCGAUUUGCAACGAAGAGAUGGUCACACUACUCCAGCUCAACAGACAUCUCGACGAUCUACACCAGAACCUCGAAGACGACCGACAGGAUGAAGUGAAGGAUUGGUUUAGGGUUCAGAUGGAGAAGGCAAGAAAGUUUCAACCUCUUGCUGUGCUGAACCAGAAGCUAAAGGGCCUCGACGUGUUCGAGUCGAACGAAAACAACUCCGCUCCAAUUGCCAGCCGCCCUCUACCUACACACGCCGGCCCGUCCGAGAUUACCCCUAAACUCCUCGAUCCUGAAGACCUCAUCACAAGGGAACAUUGGCAGAUUAGCAAUCUUUACGAAACAUGUCUGGAGCCCUCCUGCGGCAAACGACUGAGCGGCACCAAUGGUUGUGUCAACUGUCGGAAAUGCGGAAAGCUGUUCUGCGAGGAGCAUACUAUGUAUCAAAUGAAGCUUUCUCGUUCCGCCCAGCAUGAACCAGUGAGGGGAAUCUGGGCACGGGUUUGCGAGACUUGUUACAAGUCGAGGGAAGGCUACAAUAAUCAUAAUGGAGCCACUCGAGAUCAAUCAUCGGCAUUCAAGAAUAUCAGAAAGCAAACGGUGGAUAAAGCUCUUCUUGAGGUUUCGCGGCUCGAAAAACGGUUGACACGGCUUACGCAACUCCUCGCCAGUCUACCACCGGACCAAAUACAGCCCAGUGCAGCCAAAUUAUUCUCCCUGUCCUGGCAGAACGAUCAGCGAAAAGCCGUCGAGCAGACUAUCGUGAGCUGGCAGGAUGAUGCGAGUGUCGUUCGGUGCCCUUUCUGUCUACAGGAAUUCUCGGGCUACACUUUUCGCCGACAUCAUUGUAGAACCUGUGGCCGCGUCGUUUGCGGUGACCCCAAUACGGGUUGUUCAAGUGAAGUUGGGCUAACCAUUCCCCUCUCGCAAAACACCUCAGAAAAGGCACCCGCAGGUGAACUGAUCGAUGUGGAUGUGCGACUUUGCAAAGACUGCAAGAGUACCUUGUUCGAUCGCCGAGACUUUCAAGCAGACAUUACACAAAAGCCACCCGAUGUCAGAGCGUAUGAGAACCUGGCUCAAUUUGAGAGAGGCAUUCGUCUUCAUCUACCAAAGUUUCAGAAACUUCUUACUGCUCUACAAGAUCCAAAACGACCACCAACUCCGGCACAACUUGCAGAUGCAACGAAGAUUCACAAGCGACUCAUGGUUUCAUUUCAAAAAUAUAAUGCUGCAGCCCGGCGCAUCAAAGAUCUGCGCACCAAUUCCCCAACACAACUCCGCCUCCAGAAAGCAAUAUAUCAACAAGCCAGCAAUUUCCUCCAUCUCCACAUGCUACCUCUGAGAUCCCUUCCCGAGAUCCUGAAAAACGCUUCUCCGUCGAGAGACCGUAUACCAAGCCGAAUGGCAUCACCAAGCACCCCAGUCAACGGUUCACUAUCCGGCAACAGGCCACAAAGCUCCGCGCUUGCAUCUAUUAAAUAUAACGAACGCACCGGUGCCAGCCGUAGCACCAGUAGUCUUACAAGCGACACCAGCAGCGCUGUGUCCGCACUAGAAGCAGAGGAAAAAUCCCUGCGAGAGCGACUCAUCGUUCUGGAAGAACAAAAGUUCUUCGUAUCAGAAAUGAUCGCCGAUGCGAAUCGCCGACGCAAAUUCGACGAAGUCAGUAGUCUCGCUGUGAAUGUCGAAGACUUGAGCCGCGAGAUUGACCGAGUCAAUGGUAUGCUUGCUGGGCUUGAUUUUGAGGGUGUCUACACUAGUGGGAGUAACUUGCAGGUCGCCGGGUAA